UUUCCCUUUAACUAACCACCCACUUCCUCUCUCUCUCUUUCAGAGUCCCACACUGUGCCAUAGACGCUAGGGUUUUGUUUCUUUUUCCAUUCUCCUCCACGGAUUCCACUGCGACCCAGUUCGCUGGCACCGCGCAAAUGCCUCCCUCUUCUCUCUUUCGAUGUCCUUUAGCUGUUUAUAUGGAGAUUUUGCUUGGUCAUUGGUAGAUUGGGGUGUAUUUGCUUGCAUAGGGUUUGCAAAGGAGUAGCAAAGACGGGGUCGCUGUGUUGCGUGGCUGCCAGGCCGCAUGGGUCGAGCACUGGCAGUGGAGACUGGUCCAUGGCCCGGAGUGAGCCCUUCUGGCAGAACAACUCCAGCUUCUCCCCUCCGCUUUCGCGGAGAUGGGACCUCCGGUUUCGCUCUGAAUGUCGGUCUUUGGGGUCGCAUGGUGAUUCUUCGAAUAGUAAAGAGAGCAGGAACUGGUUGAGAGGUGAAAGAGGGGAAUUUGGACACAGCCACAGGUAUUCCCCGUCCGAUGGUGUUGGUUCCUAUGUCGGCAGCCCCUCGGAUAGUUUUUUUUACCACCAUUUGACUCCGUCCUCGGCCAUAGGUGUUAACCUUGACGAUGAUACUAGAGAGCAAGCAUCUGGUCCUCUAAGCUUCUCCCGUUUGCCAGAGGUAACUUCAGGAUUCUCACAAAGCAUAGGUUCCACAUCCUCUCGUUCAGAUGGCAGUGAAUAUGAGAACACACUGAAAGCUCAUGUUCCCUCCCGUCGUAGUUUCUCUAGUCGCUAUUCUUUUAUGUCAAAGCCAGUUCAUCCAGUUCCGUUCACAGACUGCACCGGUGAAGGUGAAGAAGCCACUGGUUCUACCCCAGCUACUUACUCGAAAAGCAGUCCUCCCUCUGAUUUUAAGUCGAUUCAAGCAUUUACUGAGCUCCAUUCCCCCGGGGAGUUUGAGUUUGGUGGCUCCUCCAGGAGAGGAACUGGUCAAUGGAGCAGUGCUAGCAGCAUUGAGCUUGCUGAUGUUUCUGAAACAUUGGAGGCUGAAUGCUCUAGUCUUUCAUAUAGCAACAUUUAUGAAGGAGCCAAGUGUUGCCUUUGUGAGAGGUUCCUCUCACAGAGGUCACCGUGGGGUUCUCGCCGAAUUGUUCGAAAUGGGGACAUGCCUGUUGUUAGUGUACUGUCAUGCUGGCAUGUUUUUCAUGCGGAAUGCUUGGAGCGGACCACAUCGAAAACUCAAAAACACGACCCUCCUUGCCCACUAUGUGAGAAAUCAGAGGAGAAUGUUUGGGAGCAGUGGGCUGCUUGCAGGUUAAAGAAUGGGGUCCCUCGAUUGAAGCCAUUAGGGGAGGAAGGACCCUCCUCGAAAGUUUGGACUUGUGGCCAAGUUGGAGAUUGUGUGGAGAGGGCUUUACAAACACCUAAAAGAGCUAAUAUGCUUUUACUUAAUCGGAAUCGGCUCAAGAGGCAACUAUCACUGAAGGGGAGUUCUGGAAAGGAUUGGGCCGAGAAUUCGAAGAAAAGUGGUUUUUAUUCAUCGAAGGUGCUUGAUGGACGGAAACUCGGAGAUCAGGUAACAGUUGCACACUCUAGGACUGCACCCUGUCGUCAUUCUUCGGAUAAAGUGACACCUUAAAUUGACAAAGUUACAGUUCAUGCUUCAUAUCUUCAUCGGUUCCAUUACCCGGGUUUUCUUCUGAUGUUGAAUUAGUGGAAAUAUCAGCUUUUUGGAUCAUCAACAUGAUGUUAAAGUUUGUAUUUUGAUGCUGGAAACCAUGUUGCCCAUGAAAUCCCUGUCUGAAGCCUGAAACUGUAAGCAAAUUUCUGCUGGUCUUAACUCCAUUUUCAUUGUUGUGCAAUUGAUCUCCGGUAAUUUGUGCUGACAUAAUUUACAUGUGGUUUUUAUUGUUAUCAUGAACAAGAUGUUUGUUGCUUUUGUUAUA